AUGGGCAUCCAGAUUGAUUCGCCAUCACCAACAUCGACCUCGGGUCCUCCCCGUCUGACGAAGAGACAUCGGGCCAAAAAGGCUUGUCGCUCUUGUCGCUCUCGUAAAGUCAGAUGCGAUGCUAUUGCCAAUGGCACACCUUGUACAAAUUGCAGGCUGGAUCGACUAAAUUGUGUUGUCACCACAGAGGGCCGACGACGCAAAAAGGAGACAGACGGGAUUUCUCCUCAUAUCGAUCUGUACGACUCGUAUGAUGGAGGAAAAGAGCUGCCACCGUUCUCGAUGUUUGACGACGCCAAAGAACCAAGCAACUCAUCCCAUGCUCAAGUUUAUGUCCCGAGCAGCAAAAGCUCGGAGUCGCCUCAGUCACAAUGUGAUCUUAUCCCAGGCAAGAAUUGUGUGACUGACUCUCUACAAUGGACCAGCCUCAGCCAGAGAGGAUGCGAUGAGAAACCAGCCAUUCUUACCGUGGAACCGACACGCACGCCGCCACGAAUAUCUGAUGACCGGAAUAUUUUACCUCCGUAUAUGCAACCAGUACCAGCCAGAAUUCACGCAGAAGACUUUCAAUAUCUUCGAGGAAAAGGGGUUUUUACUGUGCCAGGUGUACGCCUCCGAAACGAACUGUUGACAUCCUACGCACGAUUUGUGGAUCCGUUUCUUCCAAUACUCGAGUUUGUAGAUAUUCUCACCACAGUUCAAGAAAACCACAGCCAUUCAAUCAGUCUGUUCGUAUUCCAGGCCAUCAUGUUUGCUGGCAUUAGUCAUGUCGACAUUGUACACCUCCGAACUGCUGGUUAUACAACCAGAAAAGAGGCACAGCAGACUUACUUCAACAAACUCAAACUGCUCUACGACUUUGACUACGAGACCGAUCAGAUCACAACAUUACAAGCAGUGUUGUUGAUGACUUGCUGGUAUGGCAAUCUAGGUGGUGCCAAAGAUGCUGGGUACUGGCUUGAUGUUGCAAUCUCGAUUGCAAAAGGAAUCGGUCUUCAUAACACAUCAAAGCUCUGUGAGAGAAGCGAGACACGACUCUGGAAGCGGAUCUGGUGGUCUUGCCUCAUUCGAGAUCAACUGGUAGCCCUCGACCUAUGCUGCCCACCCAGACUCAAUCUCCUAGACUUUGAUCUUCCAAACCUCAAAGUUACAGAUUUCGAUACCAAUGAUUCGGCUUCAGCGAGGAAAUUAGUAAAGGUGCUUGACAAAUAUACCCCUCAGCGGGAAACAGCUGAUCGGACAAUUUUGGCCAAGUUGUUCAUUACCCUGACUCAAUUGUUCACAAGAGCGAGCAAAAUGGACCAGUUGCUUCACCAAACCUUUCAAGAGAAUGGCCAUUCGCAAAGAAUGGACGCAAUCCAACGAAAAAGAUACGAUCUAAUUCAAUUUGAUCACCAGUUGAAUAAGUGGUAUCGUGAAACCAUACAAGAGAACAAACAUUUAUUUUGCUCGACUUCUUCUGGGUUUACCGAUAACGACAAAAUCGUGGACCUUCACCGUGGCCUCGUUGCUGCAAUCUUCCUGACUAUCACGAUCAACAUGCACCGGCCAGUGAUAUUGGAUUGCAGAACUAACAUGCCAGCUAAAUUCCGACAGAUUUCGAGAACCAGACUUGGUGACGCCGCAAACAAAAUCACCGAUAUAUACCAAAACUUUCGCGCCCAUAACUUGAUGCGUAAUUUACCCUACACUGGCAUUACUUGUCUCCUCUCGGUCAUCAAUGUCCAUAUGCAUGAUAGGGACUCGACUGGUAUCGUCCAUGAAAGAGGCCAUACCUCCCAGCUUACAAUAUGUGUCCAAGCUCUGGAAGAAUUGGUCGAGGAGCACUCAUCUGCAGCCUUUGUCAUCUCGGUGCUUGGUACAGCAACACACCAGUCUCAAUAUAAGUGCUCGAGCCCUUCGAGUUCUGAGUCACCCAAGGACAAAACUUCUAACGCGAAAUAUCAGUCUGAAAUUCCAGUCCUUACCCCUCCAGAGACGUCGAUAGGCCCGGAACAGUGCCCAAGCGACCAAUCUUUUUAUUUAACUACUGGAUCUGUUGACCAGGAUGAGUCUCGUCACAAUACAUCUCUUGAGUCUUCCACUAGCGACAGGGCUCCAUGGCAAACACCAGUUGAAAGAAAUUGUCGCCUUGAUCACAAAAUCCUCAACCCAGAAGACAUCACACUCACAGAGUUCGAAGUUUUAGCCAAUCUACAGAGUACCGCAAACUUUACACCUUCUUUCCAAGAUGCUUUCGAUGUUGACAUGCGAUGGUUGGAAGAACACAACCUUUGA